AUGUCCAAGAUGGUAUCUACCGUCAUGUCGGAUAUGGCCACUGCGCUGUCCAAGCUUGAAGACCGGAUGGCCACCGUGCACAACGCCAGUCAGAGAUCGUUUCGCCACCUACAGGGCCACGUGAUAAAUCUAAACAACUCCAUGCAAGAUUUAAGUGAGAGAAUCUUUCAGCUGAGCAACAAACGUCAACAUGAGCUGUCCAUACAAUCACUUGAUAAAUCCAGAACUGUGCUGGAUAAUCUAAACAUUCAACUCCUGUUCAACGCUAAUAGACUCAGCAGUCUUGAGGCGGCCAUGUUGAAUCAUUCAAUGAGACAUUGUGGCAGAACCAACAACGAACUUCUUCAGGAAGUCAAGCUGUACAGACUUGAAGAGCAAGGGAAGCUAACCAAGGAAGAAGUCGUUCAGCUACAAGACCGGGUUAAAAGUCUGGAGGCAAGUGUUGGCCGUUUACAAGUUCAUGGUAAAACAGUGGAUACGAAGCUAUCACAAAUGCUCCGUUACGCCCCUGUGAGUCAACGCAUCUUGUCCCACGUAACAGAGUUGAAGAAUGAAGUGGACAAUUUGAUUCUCAAUGUACCCAAAGAUUGCCAAGAAUACUUCACAAGAGGGCAACGAAACAACGGCAGCUACGCCAUCUACUGGCCAGACAUUGGCAGAACUCAAAAGAUCUAUUGUAUUAUGAUUUCGGACAAAUUGGCAACACAGAACAGUUCAGGUCAAGGUGUAGCAGAAAACGCAAUUUCCAACAUUGACGCAAACGAAGACACUUUCAAAUCUAGCCCCAUAACGUCUACCCAGACUGCUGAUCAUGUGGCUGUCCAUCUCCAUGAUCAAAGUGACCAGUUUCUGACAGAAGAUGACAACACCAGGGCAGGUGGCUGGACAGUCAUACAGAGAAGAGUAGACGGAAGUGCAAACUUUACCGUUACCUGGGAUGAAUAUACGAGAGGAUUUGGUGACCCGUCACGUGACUACUGGGCCGGAAAUAACUUUAUUCAUGCCGUAACCUGCAGUAGUAAUCACGAACUAUGGAUAAGAAUGGAGGAUAUUAACUCCGAAAUAUGGGAAGCCAGAUACGAUACUUUCAAGGUCAGCUCCGAGAACGACAAUUACCGCUUACUAGUCGCAGGCUACAAAGGCAACGCAACCGACGCACUGCGUUACUCCAACACCAUGGCGUUCAGCACCAUGGACAGGGACAACGACGACAGCGCCAGCCACUGCGCCGAAUACAAUGGCGGAGGUUGGUGGUACAGCCAGUGCCAUGUCAGCAACCUAAAUGGACCUUUCAGUGUCGGGAUGGUCUGGUACAAUAGAGAAGGGAAGGACUGGAUUCAGUUAAAGUCAACAAUCAUGAUGAUCAGACAAAGUCGUAGACUAACCUUAAGAUAACUUAAUGAUCGAAUGGAUCCGUCGCUCCAGUGAUUUGUAUACCACAAUAAGUAAAUAUGACAUAUUAUGUUUAAGGAAACAUUUGAAUGUAUCCAUCUCUCCAGUGAUUUGUAUACCACAAUAAGUAAAUAUGACAUAUUAUGUUUAAGGAAACAUUUGAAUGUAUCCGUCGCUCCAGUGAUUUGUAUACCACAAUAAGUAAAUAUGACAUAUUAUGUUUAAGGAAACAUUUGAAUGUAUCCAUCUCUCCAGUGAUUUGUAUACCACAAUAAGUAAAUAUGACAUAUUAUGUUUAAGGAAACAUUUGAAUGUAUCCAUCUCUCCAGUGAUUUGUAUACCACAAUAAGUAAAUAUGACAUAUUAUGUUUAAGGAAACAUUUCAACAGCGUGUUAAGGGAGACUAGAACGGCAAACUGCACAACUUUUCCACCCUCCACUUUCUAUAUUUAUUGUAGUGCCUUGUGCACCGGACGUUCCGGACUGUAUAUACCUUCCUUUUUCCUUUAAUAAAGUCGUUUACAAACACCAAACUACCCAUGUCAUAGAAUUGAUAGUGUCAUUUUAAAUGUAAGAUAAGUGACUUAUCCAACAAGCGCGUAAUCAAAUUCAAAUGCAAUUGAAGAAAAUGAUGAAACGGAAGAAAAAGCUUAUUGUUCAAGUUGACACAAUUAUUAAUUAUAUUCCUUAUAAGGGGAAUACAUAGAUAAUGAACUGAUAAUCUUUUAGAGUAAACAAUAAUACUAUUGAACCUUUCAAGCCUGUUUCCAUUAGGCAUGCUGUAUAGAGCCUGGCUGUUUCUAUGGUCAACACUAAACCAAUCAAAUUUAUUUUUCUCCAGUUAUGAGUAGACUCAGGGAUGCUCUUAAAAUUGCAAAAUUCAAAUUCCUGACCACUGAGUUUGCAACCCAAGAAUUUAAGCACUUGGGCAUGUUUCUGUGCUAAUGUUUCUACCAAAUAUUGCACCAACAUUUAAACUUUGCACUAUGACUUAGACAGCUAAGAUAGGCAGCAGAAACCAUAAUUUAAUAUUGAAUACAAAAAUGAAGUAGAUUUUUAGUUUUUACUUGGUAUUAAAGCAAAUGUGAUGUAAUCAGUUUGUAAACAAUAACCUUAUAACUAUUAACAAAAUAUGUCCUUAUUAAAAGAUUAUGUAUAUAGCCAAAUAUGUAUAAUUGUAUGCUCCAAACACACACUCAUGCUUUUGAAGGACUGCAAUUAGGCCUACAAAUACAUAUUACAUUUUAAUUUUUUUGACAGUCAUUUGACAAAUAUUAUUGAGGUUUGAUUAUUUCCUUUUAGCCAAUAGCAAUUUCACCACAAUGCAAUGCAUAAUAAAAGACAAUAAGUUUGUAUGUGUAACAUAGAGCUGCCUAAUAUUAAAGGGUUUGACUUUCAGCAAAACAAAUAGUAUUUGUUCCAUUCACAGGAGGCUACAUACAGGAAUAGAAAUUUCAAUAGCAAUUGUUGUUUUUGAGAUCAAAACAAGGGAAACGGACAACAUCCUAAGUUUGUUAAAUACUAAAUGAUGCUUUUAAUAGUUUUUAAGCUUAAAGGAAAUUAAAUAGAACUGAAAAUAUAUAUUUGUAUUCUAAUUACAAAGAAUUAACAAAUCUGUCAAAGUUUGCCUAGUGUCACUGAUUUAUUUUGGAGAGCUGUGUUCAACUUUCAUCUACCUCUUGAAACUUCUUGUAUACCACAAAACAGGUGAUUUUAAAGUAAUUGAAUUAUUUUUAACAGUUUUUUAAAAUUUGUACAUAAAUAAAUGUAUAUUAUUUAUUUGUAUUGUGGAUAUACAUCUAUUUAUAUUUUUUAUUUUAUUAUAUUGUUCUGUGCAUGUUUCUUAUAGCACAAUUUCUUUCUGUUAAC